AUGGUCAAGCUCACAAUUGUUGGAAGAGUGAGGGAUGGGUUGCCUCUUGCACAAGGACCUCGAUAUCUGGGUAUUAAUACUGAUCAUGGUCAGGAAAAUGACAACUUCUCAUGUUACAAACAGCAGGCAGAGUUAUUACUCAGAGGAAUCUCAAGAGGAGAUCAGUUGGCUCCUUCCAAGAUGACUAUCCGCCUUGAUCACGGCCACUGCUUUAACUACUUGGUGGAGAAUGGUAUCUUCUUCAUCACAUUGUGCGAUUCUUCAUAUCCAAGAAAACUAGCUUUUCAUUAUCUACAAGAUUUGCAUCAGGAGUUUGAGAAGUUCGACAAUAGCCUCAUCGAGAAAAUCACAAGGCCAUACAGCUUUGUCAAAUUCGAUAGCAUCAUUGGGAAUAUUAGAAAGCGAUAUAUUGAUACAAGAACACAGGCCAACCUAUCAAAGCUUAGUGCUAACCGGAAACAAGAUUUAGAUAUUGUAACGAAACACGUGUCUGAAAUUUUAGAAUGCAGCAGGCAAAACUCAGAUCAAAUUCCCGAAAGAAUAUUAAUAAUGGGGACACCUCCAACUCCCUCGUCAAUAUGGGGUUCCCCACGCCUUCAGGUACUUGCCCUAAAAUGGACGCCUAUCACGAUUAUUGUUGUGGUUGCUGUUGUUCUUUUAUGGGCUAGCUUCAUACUCACGGACAACUUCAUCAUUUCAAGUUUAUAAAUCGGCUGAACUCGGAUAGUUGAAUUAAGGAUCGAUACCUUCGGAGUUCAGCAUAGAUAGAUACGGCCGGGUCGAGAUCGUUCAACUUUGUACACGACUUUGGGAGAACGUACAUACUACUGAUUUGCCACAUGAAGCUUGCAAUUACUCGAAAAAUGAUUGCAUUCCUUGUAUGCAGAUGAUCAUGUGAAAGAUGUAAGUUUGAUUUGGUCAGUGUACUACAACUUGUAAGAAGGAAAAUGAUAGUUGUACGACUCCCAAA